UCGUUUUUCAAUUCCCAAUCUUUACAUACAAAAAAGCACGAUGCGCUCGUCCUUGUUGUGUAGUAGCGGUCCCAACAGAUUCGCCUCAGGUUGAUGCACAACUGGCUCACUCAAACUGUAGGCAGCUUUUUCUUCGCUCUGAUCAAGUUCAUGUUGUACGCGUGUCGCAGUCAAAGCCCUCGAAGGGCCAUCUUGUCGGAAACCCUCCAUUUGGUAAAAAUAGCUUCUGAUUCUGAUACGGCCGCCUAAAUACGGUAUGGGCUCCAGGUUUGUGGGUGUGGCUUUACCAAUGUCGUCGUGACUACAGCUACCUUUGUUCCUCAUUGAUGCUCUACCUUUCAUUCUCGUUGCUUGUCAAAGUGGCACAGCCAAUGGAUAAAACUAUCUUUAUUAUGCAUAGCCAAUAGCUGUAGAUACCGAAUGGAGAGAUAAUUAUAAUUCCAUUGUUACUUGCUUUGUCGUUGUCUUCGCUUUAUUAAUCUUCGAGCAUUCCUCUUUGACCGUGAGACAAUGGACGCUUUUCAAAGGCAAAUAUGUAUAUAAGUUCGCAUGUGCCUCUCAUUUGCUUUGUUGUAUAUUUUUGCUCUGUUUUAUGUUCUUACUGUGUUGCAUAUUCUUACUGCUCGUCGAAAAUCCACGACGAUAUACUCUUCUUCAAGUCAAAACAGGUUGCAAACUGGAUUUCGCUGGUCGAAAUUCAAUGGAUUCUCCAAAGCAGCAUAUAUUUGGACUUGGCCUCACUUUGGAGGCAGAUAGCGAUGCAGCUCACGCGAAUGACGAUGGUUUGGGGCUGUUCGGCGAUGCAUGCGACGUUGGUGUAGGUUGCGGAAAUACUGACCCAGAGCGCCAAGGUACGGAGGAUGUGAGCUUCAACCAAGAUAUCUUUAUUAAUUCACAGAUACAGCUGCUCAUAAGAGAUGAGACACCGAGGCUUCCUUCCAAUAACUCCCCGGAUAUUCAACAGCAGCCCGCCAUAAGGAGCGAGUCACCAAUAUCUCCCCUCAAUAACUCAUCGGACAUUCAACAGCAUCCCAUCAUAAUACAGGUACCACGGAGCCCUCCUUUCAUCAAGUCCCCGGAUAUUCAACAGCAAUCCGGCAUAAGAAACGAGUCACCACAAAUCCCAUCCAAUAACCCUUGGGGUGUUCAGCAGCAGCCCAUCACAGGAAAUGAGCCAACGGCGUCCCCCUUCAAUAACUACGACUCCUGUGGCACUGAACAACAGCCUAUCAUAAUAAAGGAGACGCCAGAGCUUCUUUCCGAUAACUCUUGGGAUAAUCAGCAGCAGCACGUCGAUGUUGUCAACGCGGCCAACAGUUCACAACCACUACUGGGAGAUGUAUACAAUGAUGUAUGGGACCUGCCAUCGCCAAGCGACCCGAUCUGGUCUCUAUUUACCCAGGGUCCAUUCCAGCCUCAGACGAGUAACGACGCCAGCAAUCAUGAAACGAUUCCCGGUGCCUAUGGUGAACACAUUCCACAACAGCACCCACUCCAGACUCAGGCGAACAACGGCACCAGCGAUCAAACAAAUCCCGGUGCCUAUGUCGAGCACAAUCCAGGACAGCCCUCAUUCCAGAAUCAGACGGACAUCAGCAAUAGCAAUCAUGAAACGAAUCUCGGUGUCACUAAUGAAUACAAUCCAGGAUUCGCUGAACAUUCUCAAAUUCCACAAGCACAAGCAUCUUAUAUCAACCAAGACAUACCACAUACCACCCAGCCUCAACAAGGCAGCCCUCCUCCCAUCAGCCAAGGUAUAUCAAGUGAUACUAUCAACGAGCUCUCCGAGCUCCAUCCACUACGACAGUACCUUGCUCAAUCUUCGCAGCAGCCCCAGGGAUCGCUCAAGCGAGUAGCAGAAGAGGAAUAUAUCCCAGUGCCAAAUUAUGCCCCGAUAUUGCAGAAACCCUCAGCCAAACGCCUCAAGACCAACAACGGCACCGCCGUUCCAGUUCCCCGGAAGGUCAAAGUCAACAAUGGGGGAGUCAACGUCAACCCGCGCACAGCCAGGCGUAUCGAGCUCGAUCCGACACAGUACUACCAACCCCUCGCACAAACACCACAGAGCUGGGGCACCAUCAACCCCGAUGGCAGGCACAGGUUCCGCUACAACGGUUUCGGCGAACUCAAACCCGGGAUGACGUUUACAAGCGAGGAGAUGUUAGAAUACCUAAUCGUGAAAUUCCCACGCACCGACAACCUAAAAUCCAACAACCCAAGUCUCUUCAUCCAAUGCGUCCCCUCCGACUCAAACAGCCGCUACCCCACAACCAUCUCCAACAAAUGCCGAUUCACAGACUGCCCCGUCAAAAUGCGCACGAUCCCCAGCGGGCAUUUCCGCGUCGCUUUCGACGAGCAGAAUAAUGAAAAUCUGGACCCGUAUCAUUGCGCUGGCUAUGUGCAUCUUUACUGCCUCGAACGCUUCUGUAGCUUCAGUUGCUUGGCGGAGUACUGCAAUUUCGUCCCUGAUACCAGGGAGUUGCGCGAGGGAAGGAAUAGAAUGUCUAUUACGCGCGACCAUUCCGAGUUUGCGCGCAUGUGCAUGGUGUACAUGGAGAAUUCCAGACAACUGGAUCCCCACGCACUUGGCUGGGAAUAUAGGAAUACCCUUUGUAGCUUGCUGACUGGGGAGUAUCUUAGGCUUGAAGCUAGGGUGAGACGCGCUACGAGGGAGAGGCAGGGGGGAAAUAAUAUUGGUGUCCAUGGGAAUGAUAUGGAGUUGUAUGCUUGGGGUCAAGAGCAUAAAGUGCUAUUGCGGGCGAUGGCGGCUCAGAACAGGCCGAAGAAGAGGAAACGGUGCUUUGAUGAAGAGGAGGAGGAUUGAAACCAAUGGUUAUGAGUACCUUUGGGAUAUAUAAUCUAGCAGACAUUAUAUUGUUGCUUUUAAUUAAUGACACAUGAUAAUAUUUAU